AUGAACAACUUUAGUAAUGAAGAGUUUGACUGCCAUUUCUCGGAUGAAGGCUUUACUGCCAAGGACAUUCUGGACCAAAAAAUUAAUGAAGUUUUCUCUCAUGAUAAGGAUGCCUUCUAUGUUGCGGACCUGGGAGACAUUCUAAAGAAACAUCUGAGAUGGUUUAAAGCUCUUCCUCGGGUCACCCCCUUUUAUGUACUCAAAUGCAGUAACAGCAGAACCAUAAUGAACCCUAUGGCAGCAACCCUAGCUGCCAUAGGGACAGGAUUUGACUGUGCCAGCAACACUGAAAUCCAGUUGGCGCAGAGUCUCGGGGUGCCUCCUGAGAGGAUUUUCUAUGCAAAUCCUUAUAAACAAGUGUCUCAGAUUAAAUACGCUGCCAAUAAUGGAGUCCAGACGAUGACUUUUGAUAGUGAAGUUGAGUUGAUGAAAGUUGCCAGGGCACAUUCAAAGGCCAAGUUGGUUUUGCAGAUUGCCACGGAUGAUUCCAAAGCAGUCUAUAGCCUCAGUGUCAAAUUUGGUGCCACACUCAAAACCAGCAGGCUUCUUCUGGAACGGGCGAAAGAUCUAGCUAUUGAUGUCAUUGGUGUCAGCUUCCACGUGGGAAGUGGUUCUACUGAUCCAGGGACCUUCAUGCAGGCCAUCUCUGAUGCCCGCUGUGUCACCAGUGUAAUCAACCCAGCGUUGGACAAGUAUUUUCCAUUAGACUCUGGAGUGAGAAUCAUGGCUGAGCCAGGAAGAUACUAUGUUGCAUCAGCUUUCACUCUAGCAAUUAAUAUCAUUGCCAAAAAACUCAUAUUAAAGGAACAGACAGGCUCUUAUGAUGAAGAUGAGUUGAGUGAACAGACAUUUAUGUAUUAUGUGAAUGAUGGAGUAUAUGGAUCAUUCAACUGCAUCCUCUUCGAUCAUGCACACGUGAAGCCUCUUCUGCAGAAGAGACCCAAACCAGAUAAGAAGUAUUAUUCAUGUAGCAUCUGGAGACCGACCUGUGAUGGCCUGGAUCGCACUGUUGAACACUGUAACUUGCCCAAGAUGCAUGUGGGUGAUUGGAUGUUCUUUGAAAACAUGGGUGCUUACACUGUCGCUGCUGCUUCUACUUUCAGUGGAUUCCAGAGACUGACCAUCUACUAUGUGACGUCAGGGCCAACAUGGCAACUGAUGCAGCAAAUCCAGAACCACGACUUCCCACUCGGAGUAGAGGAGCAGGAUGUUGGCACUCUGCCUGUGUCCUGUGCUUGGGAGAGUGGAAUGAAACAGCACCCAGAAGCCUGUGCUUCAGCUCGUAUUAAUGUGUAGAUACCAUUCUUGUAGCUGUUAACUGUGAGUUUAGCUUGAUUUAAGGGUUUGGGGGGGACCAUUUAACUUAAUU